AAAAGAGAUAUAUUUGAGCCACUCGAGCGAGGAGUCUCUUCGAGCCAUACACAAAAACGGGGGUCUAAGUGAAUCAGAUUCAAUGGGGGCCCACCUUAAAAACCAGCUGCAACCUCAAAACUCAGCAGCUUCUCCAAAUUGCUACUUAAAAAAAAGUGGUAACUAACUCUGUUGCAUCAACAGAAACACAGUCUCUAAUGGAUUUGGUUUUGAAAGUGUUGAAAUGCACCAAGCAAGCACUCUUCAUUUUAUCAAAUCAUUCAUAAAAAAAAAUCCCACACGAUCAGAUUAGAACUUGAGUAGGAGAUUUCCCAGAGCUGUGUGUGUGUGAUCAUAAUCAUAUAUGCAUCUCCAGAUUUCCCUUUUUUUUUUUUUUUCAUCCAAAUCAUUUCAAGCAAAUAAUUAACAAAUUUUUCCACAUCCCAUGAAAUACAACCAAAAAAAAAAAAAAAAAAAAAAAAACUGAACCCAGUACAUAAACUUGGAUUAAUAAUAAUACAAAAAAAAUAAAAAAAGUUGUUGUUCAUGUUUGAUAAUGUUGGCACAAGGAAUUGGCACACCUCAAAUUCAAAACAUGAAACCGGUGAGAACGUGAAGGUCGGUGUUUCGGUUCUCGGUUUCCCUAAUAUUGCAGAAACCGAAACCGACCGAUCAUUUUGUGUUAAAAUUAAAACUUAAACAUACAACCCUCAUUUUCUUCUCAUUUGAAGCCCUAGCCUCCCCUCUGGCCUCUCCAAAAUUCAAUCCCAAAAGCAGCCAUUAACGAGAUUCAUCGCCAACUACAACUGCAACAUUCACCGUCGAAGCCCAGCUGUUUUUCGUUCUCCUUCUUCUUCUUCUUUGCCAUCGCUGAGCUCCCCUGUCAUUUCUAUACAGGAAGAUCUCGGAACUACAAUCAGAUUUCUCUUUUCAAACCCCACAACCAUCGUGUUGUCUUUCAACAAGAUGGAAAGUGAUGCUGAUUCUGCUGCUUCUAGUUCUAACCCUAGAACUUUAAUGGAAUAUGCCAAUUCCUCUAGUACCCCAUCUCCCUCAUCUCAUUUCGAUUCACCGCCACAUCAUCCGCAUUUUCCUUCUAGCGCACCACCACCCCUAGCAGGUCUACUACCUUCCAAUGAGUUUGAAAUGCUACCUCCUUGUAAUACUAUCACAAACAAAAAAAGGAAAAGACCUAGAACUGUUUUGGGGGUUUGGAAUCACUUCACAAAGAUUGAAGGAUGUGAUCCUGCAGAGCUUAAAGUUGCAUGUAAUUAUUGUGGUAGGCACUAUGCUAGCGAUACUAAAAAAAUUGGAGCUAGUAUCAUGAAAUGCCACUUGAAUUCAUGUAAAGAAUAUCCUUAUAAUUUAGAGUAUCCCCAUCAAAAGAAUGUUAGUUUCAAAGGUAGAAAAGAUGAUGAAUAUGUUGGUCAAGUUAAAGCAUUUAAUAAAGAAGCUUGUAAAGCUGCAUGUGCUAGGAUGAUAAUCAAAGAUGGGUUGCCUUUCACUCUUGUGGAGGGGGAAGGAUUCAAAGAAUUUUGUGUUGAGCUUUGUUCGGAGUUUGAUCCACCAUCUAGCAAAGUUAUUGCUAGAGAUGUAUAUCAACUUUAUUUGGAGGAGAAAAAGAAACUUCAAAGUUUUUUUAUGAACAAUAAUGUCAUGGUUAGCCUUACUACAGAUACAUGGACCUCAAUUCAAAAUAUUAAUUACAUGGUGCUCACUGCUCAUUUUGUUGAUAGUGAUUGGAUACUACAAAAGAAGAUUUUGAAUUUUUGUCAAAUUGCUAAUGAUAAGGGUGAGACAAUUGGCAAGCUAAUUGAGAGUUGUUUAAUUGAAUGGCAUAUCGAAAGGUUUUUCACUAUAACCAUGGACAAUGCCAAAACAAAUGAUGUUGCCAUUGCAUAUUUGAGAAGGAAGUUGACAAAUUGGAAAAAUGGUUGUGUUUUAGAGGGUGAGUUUCUUCAUAUGCAAUGUUGUGCUCAUAUUACGAAUUUAAUAGUGACUGAUGUAUUAAAUGAGCAAAACAACUUAAUUGAUCUCAUUCGAAAAGCUGUGAAAUAUGUGAGAUCCUGUCCCUCUAAGUUACUAGAGUUUAUGGUUUGUGCCUGGAAAGAGAAGAUAGAGCCCAAAAAACUUUUGACUUUGGAUGUGUCUACUAGGUGGGAUUCCACGUAUUUAAUGUUGGAGGCUGCAUGCAAGUUUGAAAAUGCUUUUAAUAGAAUGGAGGAGGAGGAUAAACAAUAUGUCUCCUAUUUUGGAGAUGUUACACCUCAACCAUCGGAUUGGAAGAAAGCCCGUGUGCUUGUUCAAUUUUUGAAGAUUUUUUAUGAUAUUACACUUAUAUUUAGUUCUUCUUUGAAAGUCAAUUCUAAUUUGUUUGUCAUUGAGUUUGCAAAGAUUGAGAAGUUAUUGUUGGAUUGGAUGGUGGACAAAGAUGCAACUUUAAGUGGUAUGGCUAGUAACAUGAAGGUGAAACUUCAUAAAUAUUGGGGGUCAAUUGAAAAAAUUAACGAAUUGUUAUUUGUAGCUCAUGUUCUUGAUCCUCGAUUCAAACUUAGUUUUAUCGAAUUUGCUAUUGAUAAGCUAUAUCCUCAAGAAGUGAGUGAAAAAAUUUUGCAAGGUGUGAAAGAUACUUUGUAUAGAUUGUUUGAGUUUUAUGUUGCUUCAUCAACUCCUGCUGACACUCAAACUUUGAAUGGUGUUCAACCAACAAAUGAGGUGAAUUCUUCUUGUGCUCAUGGUGAAGAAAAAGGUAUAAUGUGGGAGUUUAAAAGAAGGAAGAUGGAUAGUAGCUACCAUAAGAAAAAUGAGGUUGAUAGGUACUUAAUGGAACUGGAAGAGGAUGAGGACAAUGCAUUUUUUAAUGUAUUAGAUUGGUGGAAGUUGAAUUCUACAAAAUACAAGGUUUUAUCAUUACUUGCUCGGGAUGUACUUGCUAUUCCAUUGUCUACUGUUGCUUCGGAAUCGGCCUUUAACUUUGGGGGUCGCAUUUUGGAUCCAUUUAGAAGCUCACUAACUCCAAAAAUUGUGGAAGCACUAAUAUGUUCCCAAAAUUGGCUUAGAUCAAUUCCUCUCCCAUUUCACAUAUGUGCUUAUGAUGAUUGCUUUGAAUUGUGCCAAGAUGUUGAGAAAGGUAUAAGUGGAAAUGGAUCUUCAUCACCUUGGACACCAAUGUUGACGUUUGAUUAAGUUUUUAGCUUGCAGGGAAUGUUGAAGUUGAAAAUUUUGCACUUUGGAGGCUGGACUUUGAGGGGCAAAGAACAUCAAGAAAGACUGUGUGUUUUAAAUUUAAAUUAUUUUGGCUUAGAACAUGUGGUUUUUUUAAUUUUUUAAUUUUAUGUUUUUAAGUUUGGACUUGUGAUUUAUCAUUAGAUCUACUUUAAUUGAACUUGUAGGUUAUCGGUCUU